AUGACUGAAAUCGCUGGUCUCAUUUUGGGUACGGCAGCCCUAUGGGAGACCUGCGUUCAGAUCUUUGACGUUGUCGAAUCUGGACGACGCUAUGGCAUGGACUACGAGCUUUUGCGUGUCAAGCUGGAGGUCGAGCGGAUCCGAUUAUAUAACUGGGGCGAUGCGAUCGGCUUGUCUGAAUGUGUCAAUAGAAGCGACAAUGGCACCACAAGCAUGGAUCUAGCAGCCCUCAGGUUGAGACUAGACGUGCGGCUGCGGAGGGUGGAGGUGAACCACACGGUCAUGCGCCUCCUCGGAUGUAUCCAGCACUUGUUUCAGGAUUUGGAGCGAGUGCAGGACGCGUACGGUUUACGGCCAGCAACUCCUGUCCCGGAGACACCAGUCAGCUCUGUUAUUGCUGGCAGUUCGAAUAUUCUGAGUGCAGUAUUCGCGAAGAGCUACGAAAGCCUGAAGCGGAGCGCACGCGAAAGACAGAAAACCACCACAAUGGCGCGCCGGACAAAGUGGGCAAUACACGAUAAAAAGAAAUUCCAGGACUUGGUUCUGGAAAUCCGAGGCUUUAACGACAGUCUCGAGAGUCUGUUCCCAGGUUCGAAGCAAAAGAUCGCGGAAUUCAUGCGAGUGGACGUCGAGGCCAGCGAGAACGUCGAGGAAUUACAGUUGCUCCAAAAUGCGACGAUUGGAGACCACGCCGAUAUUUCCGAUCUGGCAAGUAUUCGGCUUGAAGAGCUGGGUGCGCCAGCCACAGAACGAACAGCACUACUGAGUGACCGAAAUGAUUCGUUAACGGUGGACGAUCUGGACGAAGAGAACUGGGAAGAUGUGGAAGAAACUGAACAUGAAGACGACAAUGUCACCGCCACUGUAGUGGACUCGGAAGUGACAGUCGGCGAGAAAAGGGUGAACGCAGUGCAGCGCUUCAUCAAUAAGAAACGGACCGGAGCUCUUCGCGUACAUCUGCUUGGACCGUUUGGGCAUACACCAAAGGUAUAUGCAGUCUGCUACUGGGAGAAUAAAGAACAAAGUGACAUGUGGGUCGAUGAUAAGGAAGGAUUCGUGUCGAGCGCGCAUGCAGCAUUCGAACCCUACCACAAGAGGCGGUAUAAGAGGCAGCAGAGACUAGACGAAUACGAUAUCGAGGAUGAGUCCGAAGAUGACGGCGUGCUGUUUGACCUCGAGAGCUAUCCCGAGUAUGAAACCGCAUUCCCGGGGACGGUCACCGUCAAAGGGCUUGCUCUGGAGGCAUGGGUUUUCGCAAUAUCGCAUAGCGACAGGGAGGACACCAUCCCGGUGACUUAUCCUGAUCUGGGAAGAAUCCCUGCGAAGAAGCUGCUACGGAGAAUCGACGAACUGCAAACAAGCUCUGCGAAGUUCGGUUGGAACCCGACGCAAGACCAGGCCGAUCUGGAAGAGUUUACCGGCGACAUGGGGUUCCGUAAUACCAACUCAGCGGAUGAGUACAAAGACAUCGCCCGGGUGUGUUCAGGCUUAUUCAUGUUGCUUAACCGCACUGAUGUCUUCGUCGAUUUCCGUUCCACGUCCAGUAUCUUCGGCGCAGUAUGGAGCGAGGACCCCGAACGAAACGAACGUGGGUUUUGGAACCUGCUUUGGCAGGUUAUCGUGGCCAAGGAAUUGGUCCGGCGUCUUGAAGUCAGUAAAGAAAGUGGCUUCACGUCCAACUUCACCGGCCGAAUACUGGCCUCGAUGAUUAUUGCCGACCAAUGGAUCAAGAACAUCGAGAUUGGAUUGUCCGAGUUGAGGAUUCGACUAAAAGAUGUCAAGCCACCGGAAACUAAAGAGCUUAAGGCUAAAGCAGAAAACUCCAAGCUGAAAGGCAACGAUGCCAUGGCGAAGAAGGAUUACCACAAUGCCAUCUGUUUCUACACUGAAGCCAUCAGUAUAGACCCGAGCAGCGCCGUGUAUCGAGCCAACCGAUCCGCGGCUAAUUUGUCCCUGGAACUCUACAGUCACAGUUUUCAUGACGCGUAUAUCGCAACUCUCCUUGAUGUCAAGUAUGCCAAAGCGUGGUCCCGUGCUGGGCUCGCGGCACUGAAGCUCGGCUUAACCAAGAAAGCCGUCGACGCAUAUAAGAAUGCCAUAGCCCUUGCUGGAAAAGAUGCGACAGCCGGAAUGCGCCGGGGCCUGGAAGAUGCCAAAGCGGCCGACAAGGCGAAGCUGGACGCAAUCGACCAGGAGCAAGAUCUCUCCAAAAGGGAAGGCCUGCGCAAGGAAUACAUAGAGCAAGACUACGAGUCCCAGAUGGGGUCCGUAGAACUACACUCGCGGUGUCACGAGCAGCAAGUCGAAGGCCUUAUACACUUCGCCGAACGCAUGAAAUGGCCAUGGGUCAACGAUGUCCGUGACUUUGCUGAAGAAGCAUAUAGCAAUUUGCGCGGCGGCCAGCCCACCCCAGUACAAUUGGAAGAAUGGCUUUAUGGCUUGACCCUGCCAGGCCAGUGGUUUAGCAUUAAGAUAAUGAGCGCACUGAUUUUCUGCACACCAACGCUGGCGACGACGCUUCGCGCCGCACCCUACUAUGACUGCGGCCUCAGCCUCCCGAAGAAAUCAUACUGGCGCGUCCGUACUGUCCUGGGCCGCGUACUCGGGUCUCUGCCCGGCGUCACCUCACUAUGUGGCUGGCUUGGGCCCUGUCCACCCGUGGAGUUCCUCCAGACCGGACGGGACGACCAGGACGACUUCGACCCAUCGAAACCACGGCACAUCAAGUUGAAAGCACGGGCCGUAAAUCCGAUUGCGAACAAGGAUUGGUUCAACGACAUAAAAUUCUUCGCCGGUGAGAAGGAAGAUAUUCAUCCUGAUGGCGACGAAGAGUUCGAGGGGUGGAGGGAAACGAUAGAGGACCGAGAUAAUUGGAUUGUCCCGGAGCCGCCAGUCCACCAAGUCAGCACCUGUAGCCUCACCAAGAUCCAACUGAAGUACGACCUGUCCGGGAAGUAUGCUGCGGGUAUCCACCCAGAUGCGAAAGAUGUCUACCGCGCUCAGCUCGCUUUUACCAUCGACACCAACCCAACCGAGACUAUCACCUACAAAUUGUAUACGAACCCGAUCUUUGUUGUCCCGCCGCCAUGCCAACCAGGUCCACGCGGUGUUGAGCAUGAAGUUCACCUGCGCGAGUUACCACGCUACCAGGAACGUAACAUAUGGACUAUCGAGCGACUGAAGGAGCACACGGCCGAGGACGACCCGGAACGCGGCGGAGUGAUGGUUAUUAAUGCGACAGGGAAGGGCGCUGAGACGCUGGCUCGUGCCUGGUGUAGCGAGAGAGGCAAAAAUGCCGUCAUUCGGCGUUCCGGCGGCCCAUGCUUUGUCUGUGCGGUGGAAGCAGCUAGCCAACGCGGGCUGGGGACCAAAGUGUUGAUUUGGGUGAGCUAA